GAAAUGGCCAGACAAAAUGAUUCCACAGUGACUGAGUUCGUUCUCGAGGGAUUGACAGGCAAAUCAGACCUCCAGCCACCUCUCUUCUUCUUAUUCCUAGCGAUCUAUGGUGUCACUGUCAUGGGAAAUGUGGGUAUGAUCUUUCUAAUCGCUUUCAAUUCCAAGCUGCAAACUCCCAUGUACUUUUUUCUUGGCAAUUUGUCAGCCAUAGAUCUCUUUUAUUCCUCAGUUAUUACCCCCAAACUCCUAGAAAACUUUGUAUUGGAGCAAAAUGUUAUUUCGUACCCUGCAUGUAUGACACAACUUUUUUUCUUUUGCUUCUUUGCUACUGCUGAGUGCUACAUGUUAACAGCCAUGGCAUAUGAUAGAUAUGCAGCUAUCUGUAGUCCACUGUUCUACAAUGUCACCAUGUCCCAAAAGGUCUGUAAUGUGCUGGUGACUGAAGUCUAUAUCAUGGCAUGUAUUGGAGCUGUGCCCCACGUUAUCUCCAUGAUCAAGCUUUCCUUCUGUGGAGACAAUGUCAUUCACCAUUUCUUCUGUGACAUGCAUCCUCUCUUAAAGCUCUCAUGCUCUAGUACCUACAUCAAUGAACUUCUGUUGAUAAUUGUAGGUGGAUUCAGUAUUUUUGCAACAACUGUGGCCAUAAUAAUCUCUUAUGCCUUAAUACUGUAUAACAUUCUUUGCAUACCCUCAACUGAGGGCAAGUCCAAAGCCUUUAGUACCUGUGGCUCUCACCUUACAGCUGUAGGGAUUUUUUACGGCUCCAUCAUAUUCAUGUAUUUUAAGCCAGCAUCCAGUAGCAAUAUGGCCCAGGAGAAGGUGGCCUCUGUGUUCUACACCACAGUGAUCCCUAUGCUGAACCCUUUAAUCUACAGCUUUAGGAAUAAGGAUGUAAGAAACGUGCUCAGCAAAGUCAUGAAUAUGAGGUAUGGACCACCUCAUGAUAGUAAUCAGAACCACUAAAAGGAAAUAUUUAGCUCAUGGUAGGCCAGUGAAGCUAUUUUCUGAAUUGAAAUUUCUCCCUUCUUGGAAAACUUAUAGGCAACUAUUGUAUUGAGUCUUUUUUUCAAAAGUUCAGUAUCAUAAAAAAUAGAUUUCUCUUGUAAAUCUCAGGAUAUGGAGACCAUGCACAUGGUCCUAGGAGAUGGGCCUAACUAAUUCUCUUCUGCAUACCACUUCCUCCUGUUCCUUUUCCAGACUUAAUUUCACAUCGAUUCUUCUUCCCCACGAGCACAUCAACUAGAGCAGUGAUGGACCCUGUGUUCUUUUGCAAACUUCCCUGCCCAAUUCUAAUUUGAACAUCAACUGUCUUCUUCUAUUAUCUGCAUU